AUGGCAAAUACUCAAUCCAAAAUUAUAUUAUUAGAAGAAUUGAAUUCCAAGCUUCAGGCGGAGAAUACAGAAUUUAGAAACGAGAAUGCUAAAAUUAUCAUACAAAAUGAGAAUGCUCCGGCAUCUGAUAAUGUUUUAAAUUCUGAUAAGCCCAAUAAUGUCUCGGCAUCUGAUAUAUCUGAUAGGAGCGGAGCCCCAUUGCUUCGCAAUAAUGCUUUAAAUUCUGAUGUAUGUCAGGAAGAGACAAAGUCUAAAGUCUCCGAUAUACCUUUAACUCGAUGCUCUACAUCUCCUAUUCCUACAGAAGCCGUAUCAUUGGAAGAGAAGAAAGAAAAUGAAUUUCUGAACUUGCGGUAUAAGGAACAGGUUAGUAAAGAGAUAAUGGAGAAAAUUAGGGAAACGAAACUUCGGGAUCAAAACUUAUCUUUGGACAAUACUUUAUCGGGACCAUCCUACGAUGGUCAAAAUUUGAAAUCGUCCACAAUAUCGCAACCCAUCUCUGUGACUGCCUCUGGUAAUAUCUCUGACUUUUCGAAACAACUUCCUAUAAAGCAAAAUAUCAAUUCGCAGGCACAAAGUGUUAUUCCUCCUGAGAUACAUACCACCAUCGAAACUACCCAAUUAGAACCAAGCCCUAUCGAUCAAGUACAAAGUACCAUUACUUCUGAAAUAAAAAUUCCAUACAAUCAAAAAGUAGAACAGGGUCUAAUGGGUAGUUAUCUAGUUAUAUGA